AUGACAAAGAUCGCGCAGGAGGAACAGCAGCGGAGAGAAGAACGAGCGGAGGACAGCAGCAGAAGCAACGAGGAGCAGACGGUGAGUGAAGAAGACGGCCUGCAGGACAACGACAGGAAGAUGGCGAAGACAGGUGCGGUGAGCGAGAGCGACGACUUGGAUGACGGCGAGGACUGGAAGUCAGUGGUACGUUCGCGGGUACCUUCAAGGAGAGCAGACAAGCAGCGACGCCAUAGCGGAUCAACAUUGGAGCAGGAGGGUCGACGCAGUAGAAGAUUGGACGGCGGAGAAUCCAGCCAGAAGGUCGCAGCCGCAGAAGAUCGACGGUUCCCUGAAGAGCCGUAG